AUGCCUGUGAAUCUUGGAAAUAUCCAUUUGGAUCGAUACCGGAAUUGGGAACUCGACCACCACUUUCAGUCGGUUGCGCCUGACGUCAUCUUCAUCUCGGAUAUUGGCCCGCCACUACCCGUCUUUAUUUCAGCCUCUAACUCCUACCACGCUUUUGAUCGCUGGCACCAUCUGAACGAUCGCGACAUGAGCCACGACACUAAUUCUAGCAGCGGUUUUUACGGCUCCUUGGAGCACUCUGCCCAGCCAGCCAGGAAUGAGAUGGACUACUGGACGAAGAACUAUCCUCCUGCCGGAGACACGACAUCGUCCGGUGGCUACAGCUCCUCCCAUAACGCCUGGUCUAACGCAGUGCAACGCGGUCGGCCAGAAAAAGAUGAGAUCACGUUGGACGACAGCUCCCAGUUCGUCGACUCGUCCUCCAACGGCGGGCCUAUCGUCACCGAGCUGCAGGACGCGCAGCAGGGAACGGAUCGCGCUGCCCGCGGAGCAUUCUCGCUCGGGGAGGCGAUGGACCCGUAUGCGCGGAGCAGCGUCGAGAGUAGGGAGGAGGCGGGAGAGAUGCUCGCGUCGCGGUAUGCCGAUCGACGUAGGCAGCAGUAG